AUGCAAGUUCUGGCUGUACAAACACCCCAAAUUUUAAUUGCAACGAGAAAAGGGAACAAGAAGAAGCUUCCACCCUUUUUCGUGUUGAGCAAUUCAUUUCCCUUUUGCUCUUUUGUGCCAAGAAGAAGUAUUACAUCAUCUUCAUGUUCAUUGCAAUGUAGAGAGUCACAAUGGAUGCAAGCAGGACAUAGAGCUAUCAAAACAAAUGCAUUGAAUGUUGGUACAGGAUCUGGUGACUCUGAAAGAAGACCGGAAAAUGAUAACCAAAGUUUCUAUGUCAGUGGGACACCCAGUGAUAUUUCGUCUCAAAGUGAGAAGUCUCCUAAUCGAAUUCUGUAUCUCCUCUCUAUAGCCCUUGUGCUAUGUGGAUGUGCUUUAGUAUUUUCACUGAUUGCUUUCAUGAAAGGACCUUCAUCACUCUUAGCAGCAAUUGCAAAGUCAGGCUUCACGGCUGCAUUCUCCUUGAUAUUUGUUUCCGAGAUUGGGGACAAGACAUUUUUCAUUGCUGCAUUGUUGGCUAUGCAAUACAAGAAACUACUGGAAUUGGAUAAAAAGAAACAGAAGGGUAGGAGAUCCCCGUCAAGGCAAACCGAACACACGCCUAUAUCCCCUUCACGCCUCAAGCUCUUGAACUCAUCACAACUGUCCACUCCUUUGCUUUGGAAAACAGUUCCGUAUAGUGGCAAAAUGCAAGUUCUGGCUAUACAAACACCCCAAAUUUUAAUUGCAACGAGAAAAGGGAACAAGAAGAAGCUUCCACCCUUUUUCGUGUUGAGCAAUUCAUUUCCCUUUCGCUCUUUUGUGCCAAGAAGAAGUAUUACAUCAUCUUCAUGUUCAUUGCAAUGUAGAGAGUCACAAUGGAAGCAAGCAGGACGCAGAGCUAUCAAAACAAAUGCGUUGAAUGUUGGUACAGGAUCUGGUGACUCUGAAAGAAGACCGGAAAAUGAUAACCAAAGUUUCUCUGUCAGUGGAACACCCAGUGAUAUUUCGUCUCAAAGUGAGAAGUCUCCUAAUCGAAUUCUGUACCUCCUCUCUAUAGCUCUUGUGCUAUGUGGAUGUGCUUUAGUAUUUUCACUGAUUGCUUUCAUGAAAGGACCUUCAUCACUCUUAGCAGCAAUUGCAAAGUCAGGCUUCACAGCUGCAUUCUCCUUGAUAUUUGUUUCUGAGAUUGGGGACAAGACAUUUUUCAUUGCUGCAUUGUUGGCUAUGCAAUACAAGAAACUACUGGUUCUUCUGGGAUCAAUGGGAGCACUAUCACUAAUGACUGUCCUGUCUGUCAUUAUUGGACGAAUAUUUCAUUCAGUACCUGCUCAAUUUCAAACAACCUUGCCAAUUGGAGAAUAUGCUGCUAUAGCACUUUUGAUGUUCUUUGGCCUCAAAUCAAUUAAAGAUGCAUGGGACCUUCCAUCCACUGUAGCUAAAACUGGUGAUCAAGGUAGUGGUGAAUUUGUUGAAGCUGAGGAGCUUGUGAAAGAAAAUGUAUCAAAGCGGCUCUCAAAUCCACUUGAAAUUGUGUGGAAGUCGUUCAGCCUUGUAUUCUUCGCUGAAUGGGGAGAUCGCUCAAUGCUUGCUACAAUUGCUCUAGGCGCAGCACAGUCUCCAUGGGGAGUCGCAAGUGGAGCCAUCGUCGGACACCUGCUCGCUACAUCUUUUGCGAUUCUCGGAGGCGCAUUUCUUGCUAAUUACAUUUCUGAAAAACUGGUUGGAUACUUGGGUGGAGCUUUAUUUUUAGGAUUUGCUGUUGCCACAUUUUUUGGAGUCUUUUAG